AGUGUUCCUCCACGGCUUGUUGUUGUCGGUCUGACGGGGCUGCGUUAACUCUUCAUUUUUCUCCAAACGGAUUUUUCGCCAAUCGAACUGAAUUCGCGUGAUUUUCACGCUGGCUACCGCGACUUUUACCUUCUCGACUACACUCUACGAAACAGUGUUCAUUUUUUAUCGCUACAUAACGAAUUCGGACGGCUCUCGUUCAAGAAGUGUUGUGGUGUGAUUUUUUUCCCUAUGGUCUGCGGAUUCUCGACUUUUUUUCGCAUCGCUAUAGGUACAUAACUUUCGAAUCGUUUGAUCCAUUGUGUGAUGAAUUUCACCAACAGACAGAGUGCCAUGGAAUUUUUAUGUAAUGUGAACAACGGACCACCUUCAUGUUUCUGAAGUCUCUUCAAUUGGCGCACGUGAUGUGGUCGUCGAGGGGCUGGGGCCGGCGCUCCCCCCUCCCUCUGGAUUUUCGGUGUCUGGCGCAGGCGCUCGCCACCGGCUUCCACCGAUUCCUAGCAAGAUUCUCAGGUCGAAGACGGUUGCACCUUUAUCAUCACAAAUAUCCGCCGCCCUGGGCCUUCCUGUUAAUAGUUUUAGUGUCUUCUUUAAUUAGUAUAGUAGAUGCGUGUUCGUCACGCACGACGCCGAAACCGCGUCCACCGGCGCCGACGCCUCGUCCCAACAUCACAUUCCACACGUACGAGUGUCCGCCGACGUACGCGGCCUACUACUGCCUCAACGGGGCCACGUGCUUCACCGUCAAGAUCGGCGAUUCCCUUAUGUAUAAUUGCGAGUGUGCAGAAAGUUACGUAGGACCUAGAUGUGAAUAUAAAGAUCUAGAUGGAUCUUAUUUACCGUCACAACGGAGGUUCAUGCUGGAAACGGCGAGCAUAGCCGGGGGAGCAACAAUAGCUGUAUUUUCAGUAGUGAUAUUAUGCGUGGUGGUGUACCUGCAUUACAAGCGCCGCGCAAAAGCCGCCCGGGCCGGAACGGACUGUGUGGACGGUGUGGGCGGGGCGAGUUUGGCGAAAACGCCGGUGUUCGGCGCCAGGUGGCGGACCAAUCCGGAGCUGCCCGCGCGAGGGGCAGCCUUGCAGGACCGGGGCGACAUGAAGCAGGGCAGCAAGGUGGAGCUGCACCAAGUGACUACCUUGCUGCCUCCUGCCGAGAGUGAACCUGAAAUUGUAGUGGACGAACCAAAUUCGUAGAUUGUAUGAAACUUGAUUUGGAAAUGAAGUGGAUGGAUGGCACUUUGUUAUGAUGCAGCUUUGCUAAUUAACUUAUUUUAUUUUUAUACAUACACCUAUGCAGCUUUUAGAAUCUGCGAACUGUCAAUAUUUUGGCACCUAAAUUUACCUCAAUAAAAAAAUGUUGGAUUAUAUAACAUUGAUGAAUUUUAUUUUUUUUUCUUUUCCGCGGUACCCGUGUCGGCGGGUACGAGUGAAUUUUUAACGAUUCCGUUUGAUUCAAAAUUCGAAAUAGCAACCAAAUCACUACUUGCUAGCUAUGACAAUUUAGUAACGUUUAUUGAAACAGUGAAAUUUGUACAGCAAGUCUGAUAUAUAUAAGUCUGAAAGUAAUUUAUAUAAGUUAUUCGACAUUGUAAAUAUGUACCUCGCCCAGAGGUAUUUUAAUAUAUACAAUUUUGUAUAAUAUAGUUAUGAAUGUCUUGAACUGUGCAGAUUGAAUGGUUUUAAAACAAAUUGUCAUUUUUACUUUGUGUUAAAAUAUGUACUACAUUCCCGGAUGUAUUCGUUAAAACAAAGCCUCGCUAACACUUUGUUAUUGUUAACUUGUUAUACUUCUUGAUCGGUAAGUCGAUAAGUGCUCGAAUAAAGUAAUAGGAUCGAGUUCUUGUUAUGAAAUGGAACUGGAAUUUUUGUGAUUCUCGAGAAAAAUAUCGGCAACUGUUUUCUUGUAUAAAUUGUAGAUAUCCGAUAAUUAUAUUCCAAUAAUGAAUGUGUCCGCAUUUCCCUAUUAUUGGCAAUAAUUAUUAUAUACAGUAAUGAAUAUUUAUAAGCACUUGGUUCCUAAUUUAUUGAAGUAACGUUUUGUAUUGUUUUAGAAAACCAUUUUCUAUGCAUACCAAGGUUGCAAAUGUCUUUUACUUCUAUUGUAUUUUAAAUUAUUCGAGUAUUCUAACAUAGCUUAUAUUUAUUAUUCUCUUUGCUCUAGUGACAUUUGCCACCUUGGUAUUUGGUCAAUAUUCAAUUGCCAGUUACGAAUGUAAAAUAAUUUAUGCUCCAAACCAAAGCCGUAGUAUUUUUUAUGCAACACAAAUAUGAAAAAAUACAAGUUGGUUGAUUUAUCGAAAAGAAAUUUUUGAAUGUGCUGCAUAAACUCUACCUUAUCAGACUUCAAGUAUUAAUGUCAUUAAUAUAUUAAUAGUUAUUUUUUUUGUGUUAAUUUUCUACACUACUACUUUAGUGUAGACCUUUUAAUUUGGCGUCUUUUUUAUUUUGUCAAAUACAUGUAUAUAAUUUCAGUAAACAAAUGUUAGAAUACUUAUUUGUUUAUUAUUUUCACAUAAUGUACUAAAUU